CAGAAAUAUAAAACUACUCCCGAGUUGGGUAAAUACCACAAUUUUGCGGUGAUAGCUAUGACAUACAACAGCUGAUUCAUGACGUCACGGACUUAUAACCACACUCGCUUGAACGGAUCGGUAAAUACCAAUCCAAAAUGGUAAAUACCAUUUCCAUUUGGUUAUCCGCUUGAAUUUGAUUAUAAUACAUCACAUGGAUUUUAGAGGUUAUGAUGUCAUCUUUUUAGUUUAUUUUUAUUGAACUAACAAAGACAAUAAAAAAGAUGAAGCGACUUUCAGAAGAACGAACAAGAAUCCUUUUCGAGAAACUAUCAAAAUAUAUUGGUUCAAACAUCAAACUGCUCAUCGAACGUCCCGACGGUUUGUAUUGCUUCAGAGAACAAAAAGACAGAGUUUACUACGUCUCAGAGAAAAUACUGAAGCUAUCAAGCAACAUACCACCAGAAAAACUAAUAUCUGUUGGUACCUGCUUUGGAAAAUUCACAAAGUCAAAUAAAUUUCGCUUGCAUAUUACAGCUUUGAAUUAUUUGGCCCCCUAUGCUCAGAGUAAAAUAUGGCUGAAACCCUCGACAGAGCAACAGUUUCUGUAUGGACACCACAUAACAAAAUCAGGACUAGGAAGGAUAAGUGAAAAUAUAGAGAAAUAUCAGGGUGUAGUCAUCUACAAUAUGCAAGAUUUGCCUCUAGGGUUUGGAGCAGCUGCUAAGUCAACAGCAGAGUGUAAAUUGGCUGAUCCACUUGCUUCAGUCUGUUUCCAUCAAGCUGAUAUUGGAGAAUACAUUAGAUCAGAAGAAGAUCUACUAUAAUUUUUAAAUUCAUUGAUAAUUAUGCAUUACGUUAUAAUAUAUUUUAUAUACAAUCUCA